UUUAUUUCCUGGUAAGAAACGUAAGAGCCUUGUAUCUGCAUAUUCACCAGAUUCAUCCCAGCGCCCUUGGUACUGGUGAUCUGUGUUGAUCUGUAAUAAAGAGCAAUCGGUAGCACACCAAGUCUCCGUGACCUUGCAUCUAACAGAAUGGUCCAAAUCCCUGUUGUGAUCUCUCUAUAGCUGUGGGCUGGCUAAGCUGUCUGUUGGAUGGUGAAAAGGGGAAAUGAUUGGGAUGGGAAAUGAUGAGUGGGCCGAGAAAUGAUUGCUGGGAUGGGAAGACUUCCUUGGGGUGGAAAGCCAUUGGGAUAGGAAAUCAAAGAGAUGGGAAAUCUUCCCUGGGUUUGAAAUCAUUGGGAAGCAAAAGCAUUGGGAUGGGAAAUCACUGCCGGGAUGGGAAAGUAUUGGGCUGGGAAGUCUUUAAUGGGGUGGGUAACAUUCACUGGGGAAGGAAGUACUUGGAAAAGUAACCAGAGAGAUGGGAAUUCUUUGGGAUGAGAUCUCUUUGGGUUAAGAAACGCUUCGUGUCGCUGGGAAAUAUCUCGUAUGGGAAUCUGUUAUCAUGUGAAAUUGUAAGGAUGGGAAAUGACCGUUAGGAUGAAAAGCUGGUAGUGGGACGGGAAAUGCUUGGGACGGGAAAGUGUUGGUGUGAAACCGUCCUGGGCAUGGCAAAUGAUGCGUGGGAGGGAAAGCCUGAUGGGGAUGGAAAAGUCUUGCGAUGGGAAGCCUGCUUGGGUCCAAAGCCCGCAGUCCUCACCAAGAUGGCGGCGAGGGGCUGGUCAGCCGUUGGGACGGAACCCCCGUUGGCCGGGUUCCCCAACCGACCGCCCCACUCUCCAGCCACCAUGGCAGAGGGUUUCCCCAGACGGCUUCCGCGGGUUCCGCAGACGCAAAACUCCCCCUUCGUUGUCCCAGCCGUGCCGCCAACGGUGGCUGCCUGCCUGCUGCCCUCCCUCCCCGGAGCGACGGCGCUGCCCUUGCAGCCCCCCCAGGUACCCACCCUCCCCUACGCGCUGCCCCAGGCCACCGUCUGGCACGUGGUGCCGGGGGUCCAGGGGCAGGUGCUGCAGCUCCCCGCCGGGGUGCAGCUGCCAGCUGGGGGGCACCUCCCACCCGAGGGGCACCACCUGCAGCUUGGGCAGCUCCCCGCCGUGGGGCAGCUCCCUGCUGUGGGGCAGCUCCCCCACACCGCUCCUCCCUGUGCCCCCGUCUACCAGUGGGGACAGCCCGUGGUGACGGGGACGGUGCUGCCCCAGGAUCCCCUCUGGUUGGGGCCCGGGGCCGUGCUCCAUGGGGAGCUCCUGCACCCCGCAGGCACCUGCCUGCUGCAGGCCCCUGCCCACCCCGGCCCCCCACCACUCCUCGUCCCGGGGCCUCCGCUGCGGGGGCAGGCGCUCCCCGCGCCCCGCACCCUGACCAGCAGCUGGGGGCAGCUGCCGGAGCCCUGCGACCACGCCGUGGGGCUCAGCGAGGACCAGGGGCCCCCGCUGCCCGGCCGCACUCCCCCCGAGCCUGCCCAGGCUCCAACGACCGCCAGCACCCAGACGGUGACGCCCGACGCGGCGACAGUUGCAGAGGUGCCUGAGGAGCCCCUGGAGCUGCUUGAGCUGGGCCCCGAUGCCUUCGCCGAGGCCUUUCCCCACCUGGCAGGGGACAGCCAGCAGCUGCAGCAUGUGCAGGACCAGCUCCCGGCCGACCUGGACAUCUCCGGCUUGGAGGAGCUGCUCAGCUGGCUCGAUGCCGUGGAGCCCCAGGACGCCUUCCCCGGUGUCCCCAGCAGUCUUGUGCUCAGCCGCUUCCUCUCUGAGCUGCCCGACCUCUCCGAGGACAUCGAGGAGCCGAGCACACAGGGACUGGCAGCCACCAGAGCGCUGGGUGAGGUACCCUCAACCCCUGGGGUGCACCCCGAGAAGGUGCAGGGUGGGCGGUCGGUGCAGCCCCCUGCUGUGCCGGCAGUGAGCUCCCCCCUCAAGCCUGCAGCCAGUCCCCAGCUCAGUGCCCUCAGGAGACCCCUGCCCAACCCUCCCUUCACUCUCCCCAAAAGGCCCCCCCACCCUGAAUUCCUCACUGCCCUUAGCACACCCCUGCCCAACCCUCCCUCGCGUCCCCUCAAGAGACCCCCCGACCCUGAAUUCCUUAAUUCCCUUAGGAGACCCCUGCCCAAGCCUCGCUUGAGUCCCCUCAAGAGCCCCCCCGACCCUGAAUGUAUUAGAGCCCUUAGGAGACCCCUGCCCAAUCCCCCUCUGAGGCCCCUCAAGAGCCCCCCCGACCCUGAAUUUAUUAGAGCCCUUAGGAGACCCCUGCCCAAUCCCCCCCUGAGGCCCCUCAAGAGCCCCCCGCCUGCCCCUGCGCCCACCGGCACCAAGUGGGGGGCCAAGCGCCCCGCGCCCACCAGCACCCCCAGCACAGCGCAGAGCUCCCAGCACAGGAGGCCGACGACGGAGAAAACCCCCGGCAAGGAGAAGACGCUGCUGCUGGGCCAGGGUGGCCAAGGCCCCAAGACGCUGUGCCAGGGGAAGACGGGUGGCGACAGCGCGGUGGCUGGCAGCAGCAGCCAAGCGGGCAGCGGCAGGCAGCAGCCGGCGAGCGACAGCACCAGGGCGCCCCGCAAGAGAGCCCGAAGCCCGGGGGCUGCUGGGGGGCAAGGAGCAGCGGCACCGCCUCCCCGGAGAACGCAGCUGCUGCUGGAGCCCCCCCCCAUUAAGCCCCGUGCCCGUGCCCGUGCCGUGCGGGCCCAGGACAGGCUCCGUCCCCAAGCCAUCGGGGCCAAGACGCUGCAGCGCCAGCACCCGGGGCCAAAGACCCCCAGCGAGACUUUGCAGCCGCUGGGGGCCAGGGCGAAGGCGCUGGGGCCAGUGCGCCAGCCGCCCUGUGCGCAGCCGCAGCCCACCUCCGGCGGCCCCAACAGCAUGCCCAGGGCCCCGCCGACGGUGCCAGGCUCCAGCGCUGUGCCCGCUGCCGCCCGGCCCCCAGCUGGUGACAGGGCCCAGGCGGUGCCGGCACCACCAGGCAGCGCGGCGCGAGCGUGGAGAGCUCCCCUACAGCAGGCGCCCAGAGCGCCGUGCCUGCCAGCCGCGGGGGGCCAAGCGCAGCGGGAGGCUCUGCCCACGCAGCCGCGCACGCUGCAGCGUCCGGCGCAGCCCCGCGUGGACUACGUGCCCUGCGUGCGGCCCUGGGCGGGCAGCCACGCGGCGCCCACGCCGCUGGAGGAGCAGGAGGCGUCGGUGCCCAUCACGCCGCAGCAGCGUCCCGAGCGGGAGCGCCUGAAGAAGCUGGCCCAGGAGGAGCGGCAGCGGGCGGCCCACCAGAUGAAGAUCGGCCCCGUGCAAUUCUUCGUGCAGCGGCAGAAGGACCACGCCAUAGCCAAGUAUUACGGCUACCUGUGAGCCUGCGCUCCUCGACGGCCCCCGCAGCACCCAGGCCUGCUCAGCAUGCAGGCACAGAGACCUCUGCAGGCGCCUGCUCCAGCUUCAGCCACGCUCCUCAGCCCUUGCGCCUCUCGCUUGCCCUCUCCCUUCUCCAGUGCUGGAGCUAGGCAGUGUUUGCCACUGUCAGGGAACAGUUCAGGGAACAGCUGUUCUUGCACUGGGAUGCCGAGGGGAUUUCAUGCAGCCCGCUCCCGCUGCCCAUGCUCAGUCCGUGCAUGGAUGUGGGCAUGGCCAGCACGGACGGGAGAAAAUGGGUGGAUGGGUGGAUGGAUGGAUGGAUGGAUGGAUGGAUGGAUGGAUGGAUGGAUGGAUGGAUGGGAGUUGGGAACUGAGCCUUGGGAUCAGCAAUGGGAGGUUGCUGGGAUAGGAAAUGAUCAGGGGGAUGGGAAGUCAUGACGGUGAUGGGAAUUCAUUAGUGUGAAAUGAUGGGAUGGGAAAUUGCUAGGACGGGUGAUCACGGUGGUGAUAGGAGAUCAUUAGGCUGGGAAAAAUUGUUUACAUUAAUAAAUUUUAUUGAUUGUCUUUUUAAU